GUAGCUGCCUUACUGUUGGGAAAGUUCCAGGGUCUGACUGAGAGAAUUUACAUCACUGAUUGCCAAUAUCCAUAUGAGUUGGGAGGAUACAUCCAGGGAGCCUUAAAUUUGUAUAGUCAGAAAGAACUGUAUGACUUCUUUCUGAAGAAGCCCAUUGUCCCCGAGGACAUCCAGAAAGGAAUAAUCAUCGUGUUCCACUGUGAAUUCUCCUCAGAGCAGGGCCCCCGAAUGUGCCACUUUCUGAGAGGAGAGGACAGGGCUCUGAACCAGUAUCCUGCAUUGUACUACCCAGAACUGUAUAUCCUCAAGGGAGGUUACAGAGACUUCUUUCCAGAAUAUAUGGUAAGGGUGUGUGAACCACAGAGCUACUGCCGUAUGCAUCACCAGAACCACCAGGCUGAUCUGCUGAAAUGUCAAAGCCAGAGCAAAGUCCAGGAAGUGGAACGGCAGCUAGAGGAACAGAUCACACUGUUGGUGAAGGACAUGAGCCCAUUAUAG